AAAUAAAAGUCAGUCGAGUAAGAGUAGUAAACAAAAACGUUUUUACACGGGAGUGGUCGAGAAUAUCAAAAAAUAUGUGUAAUAACAUUCUUAUUGUUAAAAAUUUUUAAUCUCUUACUAUUUCGUUUAUUAUGCAACUUUUAAAUAGUAAAUUAUUCGAUCACAACUCCUUUUGAAUAGUCCUAUAAGCAGUUAAAAUAAAUGACGCAACUUUGAAAACAGCCUGUAUAUUUCCAGAGAGAAACGUUGCAUACACGAUCUGAAAAACCGCUUAGAAUGUUUGCGAUACCGUGAAUUAAAUCGGAUACAUUUUUUAUUGAGUCGGAGUUAUUUUCCUGAAAAUUUGACAUUGACAAAUGUGAUACGCGAUUCCAAAUACCUUAUUUUCUAAACUACCUUUUCUUCUUUUCCAGCCGAGGGCGACAUCUGCCAAUUCGCUGCCCUGAAAAGCCACUACCAAAGUCGCAAAUGCCCCGCGAAAGACGAAGGCCUGUCCCUGUUCACCGCCGCAAACCGACCGCGCGCUCUCAGCGCCCUCUAUGCGGCGGCGACGACGGGACCGGUGGCAGCUGUCAGACAGCUCGAUAGAUGGCGCAGAGAGACGGCCAGCGAUCUUCAGGGUUCUUCGUUUGUACGCCGGUGCUGCAGGCUAAGCGACGGAGGAUGCGCCAGAAAGUGGACAUCGAGAUCGAGACGAGGAUGCCCGCUGCUGUGGAGGAACUCCGUCGCUGGACCUCGGACGAGGCGCUGGGCGACGUUACUGUGAUGCCAGACUGUGCCAGUAGAAUUCCACCUGUCACCACCUUCAUAUCCGACAACCAGGACGCCACUGACGUAGGCAGUGGCGUGGUGUCGUCGGACGAUGAAGGGGUCGACCACAAACUGCCGUCGCCCGAAGAGCAAUUGCAAGUCAUGGCGCUCAACGCAAGUGGUGGCGGUCGACAUAAGCGGCCGCAGUUUCGACCGGAUGUCCGCGCAACGGCGCUCGUUGACGCACGCCGAUCUCGGCAAACAGCCGGCAGAUGGCGACACCGUCGGCAGCGGAGGGGGCACGAGGAGGAGGAGGGGGCGCAGACCGAGGAGCAGACGGAGGAACACGCUGGCGGGCACGGAUCAGAAGGAGAUCGCUGA